GACAGACCGUACACUGCUACAGUGCAGUAGACAACGAACUUCCCACUUGCGAGUUGUAGAUGUGGUUUGCCAUGUCAAUCUUCUGUUUUCACAUAGCUUCACCGAACUUCCAUACACCGAUUGAUUGUAAUUAAGCUUGUUGUUCUCAGCUGGGCCUCUGAAUUAAUCUCUCCUCUAGGCGUCUUUUGGUAUAUAGGAGUAUCUCGGCUUGUUUGGGUUGCUCUGUACAAAUGUGCUGAGGCUUGGGUUCUAGGCUGGCUUACCUAUAGCUAGUUAGCUUACAUGAUGGCCGCCGGUGGCCACGCUGCCGCGGAGCACCGCAUACAGAUACCAGCUGCCCCGGCGUCGCAGUCGGGACCAGCUGAUCAUAAGGCGGUCGCCGCGGCGCCGGAGAAGUGGCUGAAUUACUUUCUUCGCUUGCUCGCGGUGAUCGAAAGCGUGGGCAACGCCUUCGGCACGCUGGCCUUCACCUGGGCCACCGUCGUCCUGCUGGGUGGCUACCCAACCGUUCUCAAGCGCGAUUUUGGUAUUGCGACUGCGAUAAUUUUCCUAGAAGCCACGAGGAUGUUCACCCGCAACAAUAGGCUGGAUUAUCAAUUGUUCUUCCGGACGAGAGGUGCCUUUAGACCACUGGGCUGGAACGGGCUGAUGGUAAUCGUAUUCUUCUCCGUUUCUAUGGUGUCCACGGUUGUUUGGGACGCACGCCGGCCACGUAUAGUAUUUCCAAUUAUGGUAGUAUUGUUUGCGGUUGGCCAGUUUCUAUGUGCUGGAGUUCUAGGACUGCGCCUACGUAUCAACAGUCGGUUACGCCGUCAGAUGUCGCUGUGGAGCCCCAUGGUUGCAAUCUUAUUGCUGGCUUCCUGUAUUUGCAGAAGCUCGCUACUGGCCAUAUGGAUAGUAUAUGGUGUGCUCCUUGUGGUUGUGCUCCUAGUGACUAUUAGCAGGUUGCAAUUCCCAAUUAUAAUCAACCGAGUACAUGGUGCUUUGGGCCGCAAAUACGUAUUUUGGCGCCCAUUUAUCCUAUACUCGUGCAUGCUCGCUGCAAUUGUGUUGCCGAUGUUCAUGAUUGAUAAAUUAUAUCGAUAUGCGAUCAUCGUCCUCGACAUAUCUGCCUUGGUCAUUGUGUCCUUCGGCAACCUACAGAUUCCAGCAGCACUCGUGCGUGUUGUGCUCGCGGCGUUGGGCUUUGAUCAAGAGGACUACGAUGGUCACGGUGACACGACAAAUCUUCCCCAAUCUCUAACUAUCUUCUAUGGGAUGGUGCUUGGACAAGGACUACUUUACAUCAUUGCCGCAGUAUUGGAGGUCUUCUCGUUCAUCCCUCGGAUACACCUCGUCCGCCGUGGUGGAUUUACAGGUCGAUGGGGAGCAGAAUCUGUUGAUAUGUACUACGCAUACGCCUAUGACAAAUACAUGGAAGGAGGUCUGUUUGCUCCAAAGAGGAUCAGCCUCAGCAACUUUGCCAUGGAUUCUCUGAAUUCGGACCUGUCCAAGAAUCAGCUAUACGGUGUCCAGAUGAUGCAUAUAUUUCUGCAAAAUGGUCUGACCAAGGCACGGUUGCUGGAGAAACUCACCACUUCAACGCAGACGAUGGCCAGGUUAAUCAGCAUGUUGGACUGGAGUAGUAGACAUCAUCGUGCAACUAUCAGGUUAUAUGCCGCCAAGGUCACUGCCGAGCUUGCAAAGAACCUCCGAGUUGAAACUGUCCCUGGGACACUGCAGCUUGUAUCUACGCUUCUGGAUGCUGAUGGAAAGCCAAAAAGAGGACACCCACUCCUGGAUGCAGAUGAUGAUCAAGAUCAUUUUGUUGAUAUAGCAGAUAGACAAGAUAAAAGACAUGAUAUAGCUGGUAACCAAGGGCAGAGACGAGAGCCGAUUGGGGACACCAAUAACCUGCUGGAAACACCAACCCGAUCAACACACAUCAACGACCAAAGAUACAUACCUAGAAUUUGGCAGAGGAUACUGGAGUACUGGUCGAUUCCCAAGGAGCAGCCAUUGACAGACGAUGAUCUCCUCCCUGCACUAGGCAUGUCAAUCAUUUAUAGCCUUGCUGGCUGUGAUCAAAAUAAUUGUGUGGAAAUAGACAGAGUAACUGAUCUGAUCCCCAAUAUAAUUGGAUUCACAAGCUUCAGAAGUGCAAUGGUAAAUUCCGAAGCACAACAGAAGGUUCUCUUAAAGUCAUCGUUGAAGGUACUGCAGAGGCUCACAAGCAUUGAAGGGGAAAUUGGCAUAACACUGCGGUACAAGAUAUCAAAACAUCCCUUCUUACUGCGAAACCUUGCAGAGAUCUUGCGAGACAAUAGCAGCAACAAACAAGAACUAAGGAAGCUCGUGGUAGGAAUCCUCAGAAACCUUGCCAUUGACAGACACACAAGGCAAGAGAUGGGACAAAUGCAAAUGCUCAUUACCACGCUGAUCAAGGCAUUCCUCGAUUUUAAAGGAUUAUUUAGUUCAGAUGUUGAUUGCUUGCUGCCAAAGGUCGCCGGGCAAGCAUUGGUAAUGCUGUCAUCAGAAAAUUCGCAUAACUGCUUUGUUAUGUUGAAGGAACCAGAUUUCAUUCAUAAACUAAAAAAUAUGAUCCUAAUCCAUGGUGAUAAAUACAUAUAUGUGGCAGCGAGUCUAUUGCGUAAUAUGUGCCUGUAUGCUCAACAUGAGCUCACAGAAUCAGACCAAAAGGAACUAUCUCACACAUUGCGAGAGGUGUUGGAAAGAAUAAUGGACACUGAAGGGGCAGAACUAGAAAUCCUCAUUGGCCUUAGUUCACAGAUAUGCAAACUCAUUCCUGAAGAAUUUUCCCAAGAGCUAGAGCAUGGACAGAUUAAGCGGAGAUUCAUUAAGAGGCUAGUGGACACCCUGAAUGCAAACAUGAACCCAAGUUCUCAUUGCCCUGGGAUCCGGAGGGUGGUACUUGAGCAAUCCAUACACAUGAUGGAGUACAAUUCUCGCUAUGCCAAUUAUUUCAAUGAAUACCAGAUGAUGGAUGCACUGUCGUUUGUAGAAUUGACACCCUCAAGGGCUGAGAAUUACAUGGUUUUCUUGGGUGACGCAGGUUUCAUGGAAUGUAACACACCUCUCUCUGCCCUAGUGGACAGGGCAAAAGAACUGAUGGGUCGUCAGUGGCUGCAAGGUAUCAGCAGUGCCAACUGAAAAAAAAUAAAAUGUUUUUGCAUAUACAGUCAGAAGACCUUGCAUAUUGUUAGUGCAGGGCAAACAAAGUGAUUCUGCAUUUACAGUCAGAAGACAACGCAUGUUGCUAGAAAGAACAUAUAUUUACCUUUAAGAUGAGCAAAGGGUAUUGUAUCUGUACAUCAUGAAUCUUGCACUGUAAUCUGUGUGCUAUUGAUGAUUUAUCCAAUUAUCAUUUGUUGAGUGGCCAUAUUGCAA